UAAAAAUAAAAGUCAUAUUUUGCCGAAACUAACGCAAAGUCAAACUAUACUCAUUACAAACACCGCAAUGAAUCGUUUAGUUAUUAUUUUCGUGGUUUUGAUCACAAUUGAGACGAUUUACUGCCAAUACUCUGGAGGUGGUGGUGGCCGAGGAGGUCAAGGGGGAAAUGGAGGCUCUGGUGGUGGUGGUAGUGGGCAGCAGGGGUCGGGUACUAUGCAACGGGUGGGUCAGGCGGCCUGGGGUGUGGCCAAAACGGCGGCUCAGAUGACCCCUCAGGGACAGGCGGUCGUGCAGGCCAAGAAUGCCUACAACGGCGCCAAAAAGGUGUACAACGCCUAUAGGGGCGGCGGCAAUACGAAACAAUAA